CAUUUCUAAAUGCCUUAAGCAUCAGAGAACUGACAUCAGUGGCCUCAGCUAGGCAGACCUACCCCUGACUUCUAACAGCUGCUGUUGCUUUGAGGCCGUCUUCCUGUUCUCCAGGGUGAGGAACAAUAAAAACCGAGGUGUUGUCUCAAACGUCUCACAGCAGACAGCAGAGCUGAGGACGACUACAUUAUGAACUCUGAAAUACAUGUCGGGUCUUCUUUAAAUGUGAGAUGAAGACUCAUCUACGGUUUUGUUUCCUCUCCAUUCAACUCUUUCAAGCCUGUGCAGAGGUGGUCUUCAGGCGCCUUACGGAAGACCAGUCUCUGGUACUCUCCUGCAUCCCUCAGCAGGAACAUGGCCGCCUGGUGGGACUGCACCUGUACCGCCACGGCCCCCAGAGCCAGACGACCCUGCUCUCUGUGGCCGAGGGCGCCGCAGUCAGGGUGGACCCGGGGAGCGGGGCCCGUCUGCAGCUCACCGGGGCGCUGGACUCUCCCAGGAUCAACGUCAGCAUCUCCCACCUACAGCUGGGUGACACGGGACUUUACAUGUGGGAGCUGAGUUACAGACAGAAGAACAGCUCAGAUCAGGUCGUCCUCGGGACACAGCAGUACUUCCUGCUGGUUGAAGGGGAAGGGAGUUCAUGCCGGUGCGCUCAUAGUUACAUCCCUCUGCUCCUGACCAUCUCUGCAGCCACGGGGCUUCUUCUGUUGGCAAUAUGCUUGUUGGCCACGGAGAAAUGUGUAAGAUUAAAGCAUCGUCGCCCACCGCAGCCUCAUUCUCCCAUCUAUGAGGAAAUGAACAGGAAGCAGCAGAGCACAGGAAGUCCCAAAAUAAGCCGCGAGGCUUCCCUGCGCCAGGAUGAAGUCUGCUUCCCAGUAUACGCCAACCCAAACAUCCGGCAGCCACAGGAUAACUACUAUGCCUGUCCCCGGCAGCUGGCCCUCAGAGCCUGAGCGCGCCCCACGCCGCCAGGAAGUGACAUCAGCACCCUCAAUAAAGACAAGGACAAGCUUAACAGACAAGAAAAAAAAUUUGCUAUUUUAUUAAUAUUUGAAAGAAGCUCCAUAGUUCAUGAAAACAUUUGUUUCGGUGCAUGUCAUUUAACAAUCACAUUCUAUGAGGAGAAAGAGAUAUACAGAGAAAACAGAAAUAAAACAUUACAAGCCACUGACUUCUUAUUAACUCUCGGUAACAUUUUUACUUAUUAAAAAGGCAAAAAAAAAA